AUGCAACAUGACCAAUUUUUCCUGAUUAUCUCAGUAUUGCUUACCAUCUUGAUCAGAACAUCAAUAGAAAUUAAUCAGAUAGAUUAUGGGCACCCUUUAUAUGACCUACAACUUGGUCAACCAGCAGAUAAGGAGAUAUAUCAUCUUCAAAGGGAUGUUGUGGAAGGGGUGGCUAAUAUCCAACCUCCUCCCCCUCCUGACGUGUCUUCCCUCACAUUCGUUUUUGACGCGACUGGCUCAAUGAAUGAUGAUCUAAAUCAAGUUCGGCAUGGUGCUAAAGGAAUUUUUGAAACUGUAAUGAAACAGCAAGUGAGCGAUCCAUUUAUUACAACAGAUCCUGAUCUUUUUCAGCAACAAUUGGCAUCCGUUUCUGUACAGGGCGGUGGGGACUGUCCAGAAAUGGCUUUAUCUGGCAUUAAAAAAGCACUUGAAGUCUCAUUGCCAGGAUCUUAUAUCUACGUAUUCACUGAUGCGCGAUCCAAAGAUUUUCAUCUUGAAAGUGCCGUACUUAACCUUAUACAAGAGAAACAAAGCUCAGUUGUCUUUGUAAUGACUGGUGAUUGUGGAAAUCGUUCAGCCCCUGGAUAUAAAGUAUUUGAAAGAAUAGCAGCCGCAAGUUUUGGACAAGUUUUUCACCUGGAAAAAUCACAUGUUAAUACUGUUCUCGAGUAUGUACGCCAUUCAGUAGCACGACGUAAAGUUCACAUUCUUUAUGAAGUUCGUGAACAUGGACAAACACACACUAGUCUCGUCCCGAUUGAUACAUCAUUCUCUGAGUUGGUGGUAUCAUUGGCUGGUGUACGGGAUGAUAGUGAUCUGAUGGACAUUGAAUUGGUUGAUCCACACAAUAGACGAAUCGACAAGUACGAACAUGAUGAUGGCACAAUCAAUUUGAAAAAUAUAAAGCUGAUUCGUUUACUUUCUCCCGUACCAGGCAUUUGGCGAGUCAGAACCAGUAGCAGAUUAAAGCAUACUUUAUUAAUUUUUGGUCAUGGAGAUAUUGACUUCAAAUAUGGAUUUGCUGCUCAACCGACCCAUCCUCGUCCCGUAGCUGGUCAACCAACUUAUCUACUUAUUAAAAUGACCGGACUGAGACCACCAGGAGCUUUGGAACAUGUAUCACUUGUUGAUUACAGUGGAAAUGAACUUUAUCGAAAUGAGUCACGUUUAUAUCCAGGAGACGGCCCUUACCUCCAUUUUGUUGGGCCUUUAAUUCCACCAAAAAUAUUCUUUUUUGUGCGUGUGAGGGGGAAAGAUGCUCAGGUAAAUUAUGAAUGA